GCCCAGUGUACACAGCACAGUGCUCCACGCAGGGUGUGUGACGCGCGCCCCCAACCCUUCAGUGUUAGCCUGCCUCACAGGUCACCCCGCUACCGCUCUUCUGGAUACGUGGCCCCGCUGCUCCCCCUUCACACAUUGCUCCGCUGUAUCAGGAUAAUACCAACGUGUCCAUCCCCCCCUCCCCCAAGUGCCACAGUGGAUUAUAGUGUGCCAGUGAUCAUGCCGAACUGGCGGUGCCCAGGAGAGUAAAGUUUGUAACUUGCGAGUUCUCCACCCCUGCCGGAGGUGGUUGUCAAUGUUUGUGCCGGAACAGUGCCACGAGAAGAUGGCUCUUGUAGUGCCCCCGGGGUCCACGUGGCGAGAUCCGCCAGUGUCCCUGCCACCCACCACGGGGGAGGACGUCACCCGAGAGUUGGGUGCCAGCGUCACCCCUCAGCCCGCCGCCCCACAGACGCCCACGCCCAACUCGACGGCGGGCAGCGCGCCCUCGUCGGCGCCCAGCCCCACAGGCGACGACAAGAACGCCCAAAACAUGACGUGUGUGGUGUGCAGUGACAAGAGCUCAGGGAAACACUAUGGCCAGUUCACCUGUGAAGGCUGCAAGAGCUUCUUCAAGCGGUCGGUGCGGCGGAACCUGCAGUACUCCUGCCGCGGGAACCGCAACUGUCCGAUCGACCAGCACCACCGCAACCAGUGCCAGUACUGCCGACUCAAGAAGUGCUUCAAGGUCGGAAUGAGGAGAGAAGAAAAAAAUAAUGGGCAGCACCUUCUUCUCAUCAGCAACUCAAACUUCCCCCAUGGCAGGCUUCCGACCGAGCAAGCUGUGCAGCGAGGCCGCAUCCCACCAUCACAAGGAAUGGGGAUGCCCAGUCAGUUUAUAGCCAAUGGCGACACACUUAACGGCCACACUUACCUGUCCUCCUACAUCUCCCUGUUGCUGCGCGCCGAGCCCUUCCCCACCUCGCCCUACGGCCAGUGUAUGAACGCCAACAACAUCAUGGGUGUUGACAACAUCUGCGAGCUGGCGUCCCGACUCCUCUUCUCGGCCGUGGGCUGGGCCAAGAACAUCCCCUUCUUUCCCGAGCUGCAGGUAACGGACCAAGUAGCGCUGCUGCGACUGGUCUGGUCUGAGCUCUUCGUGCUGAACGCCUCCCAGUGCUCCAUGCCCCUUCACGUGGCGCCGCUGCUGGCUGCUGCAGGCCUCCACGCCUCGCCCAUGGCGGCCGACAGAGUCGUUGCCUUCAUGGACCACAUCCGGAUCUUCCAGGAGCAGGUGGAGAAGUUGAAGGCUCUCCACGUGGACUCCGCCGAGUACUCCUGCCUCAAGGCCAUCGUCCUCUUCACCUCAGACGCGUGCGGACUGAGUGACCUGUCGCACAUCGAGGGUCUCCAAGAGAAGUCUCAGUGUGCCCUGGAGGAGUAUUGUCGGACGCAGUACCCCAACCAGCCCACCAGGUUCGGCAAGCUUCUCCUCCGUCUCCCCUCCCUACGAACAGUCUCCUCCACCGUUAUAGAACAGCUAUUCUUCGUGAGACUGGUCGGCAAGACGCCCAUAGAGACCCUUAUCAGGGAUAUGCUGCUCUCCGGGUCGACAUUCAACUGGCCCUACAUGGGCAGCAUGUGACAGGCGGCUCUGGGCACGAAUCCUGGCCUCACCCCUGGGAACGUGCCCACCUCCGCCGCCUCACAUGCCCUCUCCUCCGCCGCCCACGCCCUCACGUCCGUCGCUCAUGCCCAGACCCCGGGCCACACCCACACCACGCCCGUCUCCUCCUUCCAGCUUCCCACCUUAGCCACUGCCUUCCGGUGAUGAACCGCACAACUCCCUUCCGAAGGUCCCAUCCACCAGCCGCCGCCCACCUCGCCGCCACCACCUCUCACACCAUCGACAUCAUCAUAUACAGCGGGAGCUCAUCACAAGCACAUCUCCACAACAACAAGACUCUGUGCUCCCACGCCAAUGGCAAAAGGAUUCCUCCCUCCCAUACUCCGUCUCAGCGGGAGUAUGGCCGACGUUGCAGGAUUGUUUUGGUCUUGGCAGAGGUGGAAUGAGAGGGUGUCAGCGGUGUAGUCGUGGUGCUCGUCCACACAGUGAGUUACGGAGGGUGACUAGUCCGUAAACACUUUAGUGGGAAGUGUUACCACAGGAAAUUAAGGAUAUUUAGGUGUUGUGUGGAGAGAACAAAUUUCGAAAUAUGCUUCAUUGGGUGAUAUCAGACUUUUGUACACUCGGUGAAGCGAAGGAACAUAUAAUGCAUGAUUCUCAGUGACAGGGUGUAAAAAAAGUAUGAAAAUAAAAUUUGUAAACUUUUAAUCGUUGCCCGAUGGGCAGCCAGAUAAAAAGUAAUUUAAGCUUGUAUUUAGAAACACAAUAAGCAGGUGUUAAAUCACAGGAAAAAAUUUAAUACCCAAAGGAAAAAAAUCCGUGUCUGGUCAAAUGACGACCAAUGGGUUCACUUCUGCCCACUGAGGGAACUAAGAGUAAAGUUACCCUCUUAACGUUACCUGUUCUUGUAUAUGUGAUAACUAGAGACCUCGGGAGUGCAAGGAGUGCAAGAAGCACACAGGAAGUCUUUAGUUGCAUCCAUGUAUAUUAUGUACAUAUUAAUAUUUAAGGUUUUAUACUCGGGUCGGGGUGUGUGGGUUGUCCCAUCACCUCACUUGUACAGUAGUAGACCUGAGCGCUGCCUCGGACCCUCCUCCCGUCUCCCAGAGCCAUGCUACCCUGCACUAUCCCCUGCUAUAAACACACACACACAUAUAUAUAUAUAUAUAUAUAUAUAUAUAUAUAUAUAUAUAUAUAUAUAUAUAUAUAUAUAUAUAAAAUGUUAUUUAAAUGGAAAGGGAGGUACCACCUGUGGCUGGAAGAAGAGCCAUAGCCUCGGAGAAGAGCACACACAACGCAUUAGAUGGGAUUUUGGGGUCCCCUCCAAUGCAGUUUCCAUGUUCUUUUGUCCUACCACCCCCUUUCAUAUAUAUAUAUAUAUAUAUAUAUAUAUAUAUAUAUUUUGUGCAUGCUAACACACGCACGCGAGCACACAAUUUUCUUAAUUAUGAAUUUAAGAAUCGCAAUUAGGUGACAACAUUUAUUUCUUCACAGACUCAUUGUGUUAGGGUCUAAGUGGGGGUGUUGGCUGUGGGUGCGGGGGUCGGUGGGGGUUAGCAGGGAGUCCUGGAGAAAAGAUACUCUAGCCCAUGUCCCGGUUUGGUAGAUUUCACCCUCAUUUUGUGAUGCGCAAAGUUGGGGGGGGAGUCUCAGUUUUUUGUACUGACGUUUAUCAUAGACCCACCCUUCCAGAUCAACUUUUGUUACUGUUACGUUGUGCACAGAGGAGAGACAUUUUACACACAAUACCUGUACGUGGUGGUAUUUCAUGUCAUACAACACUCGGUUCAACAUGAAUCCCAAAUAGUGUAAAUCAAAACUAAAAAACAGAGCAUGAAAAAAAGGCAGACUCAGUUCUGUACCUGUAUCCCUUCUCCCAUCUCUUUCCCCCCCUUUCCCCAGAUUCGUGAUGCUGAGGACUUGUGUGCUUGUCACGCUGGGUCAUUCUCAGACCCUUCCAGUACAACCUGCCUGAGCUCCACCAUAAACCACCCUUAUCAUGCUGUACUUAUUUCUACUACCUACUUAAUCUAUGUGGUGGUAAUCUCCUGUACAACCACACUUCAGUACGGCAUAGCUUCAAUGUCAUAUGUAAUCUGGUAAACGGAUCUGCAACCUCUAAAACAUAAUAUGGCGUGCUUGUCUGAAGUGGGUUGAAGGUGGUGGAGACGACGGCAAAGAACACUCUUAGGCCGAGACCUUGUCACCAGUCUCACCAAGUACUAACCCCAAGCUGUGGCCUCACCGUCUGCCGUCAGCUAACCAUCACCGACCUCACACAACUGUGUACUGAAUGUUGUUUUGUUUGUAAAGUCUAGCAGCCUUGGAGAGUUGAGAGUAGUACAUCCGCCCCGGUGCAGGCCAGGGCCACCAAGGGUACAGGUGCCGCCAACAAGUGUACAAAGAGGCACGAGCUGCGCUGUGCGGUGCGGACGGUUCGUACCCCAACCCUCUCUCCUAGGGGCGGACCCUGGAUCCCGAUUCAUAAAGCCGUUACGCAAGUACUUACGAACGUGUACUUCUUUCCUCAAUCUCUGAUGGCUUUGGUUACAUUUAUUAAACAUUUUACAAGCAUGAAAACUUCUCAAUCAACUGUUGGUAUUGUUAUAAACAGCCUCCUGGUGCUUCGGAGCUCAUUAACCGUUUAAUAAUUGUAAACAAAGCCGCCAAAGAUUGAGAAACGAUGUACAGGCUCGUAAGUGCUUGCGUAACUACUUUAUGCAUCCGGGUCCUGGUUACUUCCUAAGUAACUAGACUCCCAGAGGACGGCGCCCCGUCCGCCCCGACGAGGACAGCGCCGCUCGUGCAAGCGUCCUAGGUGUGUGACAACCGCGACGUCAUCCAUGUUGUUUGUACUUAGGCUACACAGGUGUCGUAGACACAGACAGUAUGUUUUCUCUUAAAUAAAUGAUCUCAGAAACUCUGUUGUAA